AGGGACCCCAAGAGAGCCUCAGGAAUCCGGGUCGCAGGCGUCUCCUCCCGAGAGCUUAGCCCCCAACUCCCAAGGCAGGGGUCUUGGGCAGAAGGGGAGGUUGGAACUCAGACUAGGCCACGGGGAAGUUGCAGGGACGUGGUAGAAGUAGAGGGAGAGGAGAUCCUGUAGGAACUUCGUUAUAUUUUGGGGAGUCGAUGGGUGCUGAGAAAAGGGGGAGUAAUUAUCUAAGGAAGUCCCCUGCAUCCCUCGGUGUGGAGUCUGGCUGCACUGUUAUUGGAGGUUCUCCCUGCUGUGGGAUUCACAAGGAUGUUCCCCUUUUACAACUGUUGGAGGGCUGGGCUGCUGUUUUUGCUACUCCUGGCUAUGGCAGUGAGGGAGGCCUGGCAGGUGGAAGAGAAAACCUGUGACUUGAUAGGAGAGAAGGAUAAAGAGUCAGAGAAGGAGCUGGCCCUUCUGAAGAAGUUGACUCCACUUUUUGACCAAAGCUUUAUAAGUACUGUGGGCCAGGGUUCAGAAUCCUAUACCUACAAAUUUAGGGUGUGCCGGGAAGUUGGCAGCAACAACUCUGGGGCUGGACUGGUGCAGAUCAACUUGAAGAAUAACAAAGAGACGAUAAUAGGGAGGAUUAAUGAAACCCAUGUCUUCAAUGGAAGUGACUGGAUCAUGCUGACCUAUAAAGGAGGUGAUGAAUAUAACAACCAUUGUGGCAAGGAACAGCGACGGGCAGUGGUGAUGAUCUCCUGUAACAAAAAGACGCUUGGGGGCAACUUCGCACCUGUGUCUGAAGAAAGGGGCAAAAUGCAAGAAUGCUUCUACCUCUUUGAGAUGGACAGCAGUCUGGCUUGCCCACCUGAAGAUUCCCACCUCAGCGUGGGCUCUAUUUUACUUAUCACGUUUGCCUCCCUGGUGGCUGUCUAUUUCAUUGGGGGCUUCUUAUACCAAAGGCUGGUGGUAGGCGCCAAAGGCAUGGAGCAGUUUCCUCAUUUAGCCUUCUGGCAGGAUCUGGGCAAUUUAGUAGCAGAUGGUUGUGAUUUUGUGUGUCGGUCUAAGCCCCGAAACGUGCCUGCUGCCUACCGGGGUGUGGGGGACGACCAGCUCGGGGAAGAAUCAGAAGAGAGGGAUGACCACUUGCUCCCCAUGUGACUGCACUGGAGACACCCAGCCUUUCUUUCUCUCCACCCCCAAACCAAAGCAUCCUCAGCCAGAUUUCUCCGCCGCCGCUGCUGCUCCAUCUCUUCCACCAGUUUUUUCCUCUAGUUUGCUUUUAACUUGCAUUCACUCUUUCUAUCCACUAAGCUGCCUUCUCUCUGCUGUGUUUUCCCUUUGGAGUCUUAUUAGUGGCACUGACCUAGAGAAACGUGCCUAGGAGGGGACACCCCUUAUGGGCCAAAGGGAACUGAGGGUUUUGAGAGGGACUGCCCUUGCAGAGAAAGGAUGAUAAGGAGGUGUACAGAUGGCUGGGAGUGAGCAAGAGACUUUCCUAGCCUUUUUACUGCAUUUUUGACGUUAGGCUCUUCUGUGAGACACUGGAUUAUAAAGGAAAAAAAAAGAUAUUAUUUAUAUAGGGUUUUGGUUGCCGUCAUGCUGUUAACCUAUGCCUGCUCUUAUUUACAAGAGUUUGGUUGGAAUUCCCUGCUGCUUGGGGCAGCUUUGUAAUGAUUAUCACUUCCAAGUUCCUGAAUUUGGUCUGGGCCCAGUCUCUCUUGGCCCCCUCUGGGAACAGAACCAUAAAAUGUGAAUUUUCCCAGGCCAUAGAUUUGUGAGGUACCGCUAGGUCAUUUGUUAACUUAGUAGGGACCUUUACUUUGAAAUAUGAUGUGGAUUGUGAUCUUGUGUUAUCACUUCACAUUCAGCCAAAAAGCCCAAUCCAGAAAGCCAGAAACUAGAAGGGGGAAAUGAGACUGAAGUGUUGUGCCACAUUGGCUCCUAAAAAGGAAAAUUAGCCAUGCUUCGGGUGGGCUCAUUGGUGGAGGGGGGGAUUUUUUUCUCUCUCUGGUUACAGAACCUGGUGAAGCUUUUCUUGUAUUCCUACCCCUUUAUGAAUAUGGCCUGUCCACCCAGGUAUGUGAUUUUUCUUUUCAAAAAUUGCCAAAAAUGCAAAUAGAAGCAGGUGGGGAGCCUGGAGCUCUGCUUCCAAGUGUAGAGAAUGCUACUAACAUUCCCUCUGCUGGCUCAGGGAGGAAAGUAUGUCUUGCCUAUGAUGUUUCUGGGCAAGUAAGGGUUUUCAAAAUUCCUUCUGGUGCCUCCCUUUUCUAAUUAGGUGGUAUGGCCAGGAAACUGGGCUGAUCUUUCUUUGGCUAAUAAGGUUCUUCUGGCCAGUCGGGCAAAAUAGCUACAGACAGAAAAUUUAUCUUUGGCUUUUUCAUUACUGUUUGAACAUUUUUUCCUUUGGAAAUAGGGAAAUUAAGAUUAUAAAAUCAGCAGGUAUUUUUUU